UUGCAGCGUGCCCUCUUUGCGCGCACGCUGCCUGUAACUUGACUCGAGUUUAAAAAGCCCUCGGUGGCAGCCGCGCGUCACACAGCGACGGGCUCCGCUCCGACAGCAUCAGGUUGCUCCACGCGCGGAUCACAGCGGCUCGUCCCUGCGCCUCUGGCACCGCGUCCGCUGGCGCGCACACCGGCGCAGUGCCAUGCACACGCCCGAUUACGCGCUGCUCCUCGGCGAAGAGAACGGGUCUCUGGGUUCCGGUCCCGCGCGCGAGCUGACGAUGGGGACGCCGGGCAACGACACGGCUCACCCGAACGGCUCCGACCCGUUCGCGAGGAACGAGGAGGUGGCCCAAAUCGAGAUCAUGGUGCUGAGCAUCACCUUCGUGGUCGCCGUGAUUGGGAACGUGAGCGUGCUGCUGGCGAUGAACAACACCAAGAAGAAGACGUCACGCAUGCACCUCUUCAUCAAGCACCUGAGCCUCGCCGACCUGGUGGUCGCCUUCUUCCAGGUGCUGCCGCAGCUGUGCUGGGAGGUCACCUUCCGCUUCUACGGCCCGGACUUCCUCUGCAGGAUAGUCAAGCACCUCCAGGUGAUGGGGAUGUUCGCGUCCACGUACAUGAUGGUGAUGAUGACCGUGGACCGGUACAUCGCCAUCUGCCACCCCCUGAAGACGCUGCAGCAGCCCACGCGGCGCUCCUACUACAUGAUCGUGUCCACGUGGAUGUGCAGCCUGGCGCUCAGCACGCCGCAGUACCUCAUCUUCUCCCUGAGCGAGAUCAAGAACGGCUCGGACGUGCACGACUGCUGGGCGCACUUCGUCGAGCCGUGGGGCGCCAAGGCCUACGUCACGUGGAUCACGGUGGGCAUCUUCCUCGUGCCCGUGGUCAUCCUCGUGCUGUGCUACGGCUUCAUCUGCCACAGCAUAUGGAAAAACAUCCAGUACAAGAAACGGAAGACGAUUCCCGGGGCGCUGAGCAAGAGCGGGCUCGUCGGGAAGGUCUCCGUCAACAGCGUCACCACCAUAUCACGGGCCAAGCUGAGGACCGUCAAAAUGACCCUUGUGAUAGUUUUGGCCUACAUUGUCUGCUGGGCGCCGUUUUUCACCGUCCAGAUGUUGUCAGUGUGGGACGAAAGCUUCCAGUGGGCUGAUUCUGAGAACACAGCGGUGACUCUGUCUGCGCUGCUUGCCAGCCUCAACAGCUGCUGCAACCCGUGGAUAUACAUGAUUUUCAGCGGUCAUCUCCUGCAGGACUUUGUGCACUACUUCACGUUCUGCCACAGAGCCAGGUCCGACUUCAAGAAGGAGGACUCGGACAGCAGCCUCCGCAAAACCACGCUGCUGAGCAAGAUGAACAACCGCAGCCCCCCGGGCAGCACGGGCCACUGGAGGGAGCUGGACGCCCCCCCCAGGGCCUCCAACCAGGCCGAGUGACCGCUGCCUGGGGUCGAACCACACAGACUCACGACGUGUCCCCCAGAACACAAAUCCGCAAAUCAGAUCAAGACUUUGUGCAUAAACACGUGAAACUGAAGGAAGAAAUCAUGUGCCACCUCUGCCAAACAUAAAACCCAUGUAAAGCAUGUGUUAAGUCUCAUGUCAUGUUGAAUUCAGUCACUAUACUUGAAUAUUGUGCAGAGCGGCAUCGGGAGGCAGCGUUUUUCUUACGGCGCUUUCCAGGAGUAUUCUCCCCGCAGCAGCAUCACGCUUCCCUCAGUGUUUACACAGACAACGCACACAGCAGCCAGGAGGUGUGUGCUGAUCAAAAUAACCUCCAGACCCCGCGUCUCCAAAUAACUGUGUCGGUCACGUCACCGCCAGAGCCGAAGCUAACCUUCCCCUGAGCCCUUCACAAUAAAAGCUCGUCUCUGGGACGUCGCCUGAACGCACGCACGCACGAGGCCGGCGGCAGUCGGGGGAGAGCAACCUGUGGCUUUCACAGCACGUUGUGUACACGCUCACACAUUCCACACGCGCCACGUCAGCCUCCGUCUUCCUCCGUCUUCCUCCUCGGGAGGAGGGGCUCGGAGUCUUUGAUUGGGCUGCGUUUGCACCCCAGGCCACACCAGUCCCUGCACAUUUACAUGCUGUUCAACACUGUAAGACCCCCGACACUGAAACGUGUCAAGAUAUUUCUGACUUCAUGCAAAGCUUUUAUCUUUCUGCAAAUGUCCCUGAAUGUCUGUAAAUAGGAGUAAUAUAUAUGUAAAGGUGUGUCAUGUCUCAUGUACAGUGGAAAGAAUGGAAGUGUCCUGUAAAUGUAUGUGGAGAUAUACAUACUGUUAUAAAUGCCUCCUUGGCUUUGUCUCGACUAAGAUCUUUUCAUUGUUUGUGUUGUUGCUGUUACUUUGGUGGAAAUCUCAGUUUUUGCUACUAUAUGACACCAGCCCAGCUAUGCAACCUGCCAGUUUAAGUGCUUCCCACGUCCAGGUUGGGUUCCAUGCUAAACCACAUGCAUAAACACUCUCCUUUUUGUUCUCCUGACAAGUUCUAAAGCUGCUAAAUCAGACUUAACUAUCAGGGUCCCAAUCAAUCAUCUUACCAAGUAAUCAGCCAUUCAGGGCCUGGGCUGAACUGGCAGCUGGGACCCACUGACACCCUGCCUCCUGUACGAAUGAGGCAUUUUGUCAUAAAUAGGACGUCUUGUACGAGCAACUCGGAAUUUUCUGCUGACAAACAAUGUUUAAGUAAAAUUGACCAUGUCUAUAUUAAAUUGUAAUUGAUA